GCUGCCCUUACCGUCUCCGCGGCUGCUGUCGCCCCCGUCGUCGCCCGCGCCUCCGCGACCCGCCGGUGAGUUUCCGGCGCCCGACGCCGGUUAAAUUUCAUCCUUCGCCAACGGGAGCAGCAGAGCGCCUUCGCCGAGAAAAGCGGGCGUAGGGUCAGGGCCGGCGUCGACCGAUCGAUCGCGUCGCGAGCGCCUCGAGGCGAGACGCGGACCCGAUCCGGAUGACGAACGCCGUCUCGGAUCGACCCACGCGGUCGUUUCCGCGCGCGCUCGGCUCGCGCCGCGCCUCGGCGGUCGCGCCCGCGCCGGUCCCGUCGCAGCGGAAAUCUCGACUCUGCUCGCCGUGGGCUAUUAUCCACUCGCGGCUCGGGCGUCCGCUCGCCCUCUCCGCGGCUCCCCGCGCAUCCACCGAACGACGCGCUGACCCGAACACCCCCUCGUUCCCCACUCAACAGCUCCACCCGCGCGGUCAAGGCGCUCGGCUCCAAGUCCGUCGCCGGCCUCCCCGUCAUGGCGCGCCCCACCAAGCUCGUCGCCGGCUCCCGCCGCGCGGCCACCACCACCGCCUCCGCGCUCCCCCUCGCGGAGCUCGCGGCGGUUGGCCCCGAGAUUGCCGAGGUUGCCAUCACCUGCUUCUCCAUCACCCUCGUCGGCCUCGCCGUCGGCUUCGUGCUGCUGCGCGUGGAGGCCGCCGUCGAGGGCGAGGAGUAAACGUUUCCCUUCCCUUGCGACGCCGCGCGUGCCGGAUCGUCGAACGCGUGUGGAUGUGAAGUGUAGGAAAAGGAUCGUGUCCUCUGGCUCACGAUGGAGGAGGGUGAUUAUUAGUAAACUCAGAGCGCGGGUGCCGCGAAACGUUUUCGGCGCUCAUUAGCUUGGCGAGAUGGAGAGAGUGUUGUUGACGAAUAACGACGAGAUUCUUUACGG